GAAGGAAAUCGGAGCCAGAGUUGGAAACCAGCGAGAAGGGCGAGAGGCAGCGAGGGUUUGCACUCGGCGAUCGUCCGUUUGUGGAACUCUUUUUAUAAAGACAAUGGCUGAGGGUGAGGAUAUUCAGCCUCUUGUCUGUGACAAUGGCACUGGGAUGGUUAAGGCUGGAUUUGCUGGUGAUGAUGCUCCGAGGGCUGUUUUCCCUAGCAUUGUAGGUCGCCCACGCCACACAGGUGUGAUGGUAGGCAUGGGACAGAAAGAUGCAUAUGUUGGGGAUGAGGCUCAAUCAAAGCGAGGUAUUUUGACCUUGAAGUAUCCUAUUGAGCAUGGUAUUGUGAACAAUUGGGAUGACAUGGAAAAGAUAUGGCAUCACACAUUCUACAAUGAGCUUCGAGUAGCCCCUGAAGAACACCCAAUUCUCCUUACGGAGGCUCCUCUCAACCCAAAGGCCAAUCGUGAGAAAAUGACUCAAAUCAUGUUCGAGACCUUCAAUGCUCCUGCUAUGUACGUUGCUAUCCAAGCUGUUCUCUCUCUGUAUGCUAGUGGGCGCACAACUGGUAUUGUGCUGGAUUCUGGUGACGGUGUUAGCCACACAGUGCCAAUCUAUGAAGGAUAUGCUCUCCCACAUGCCAUACUUCGUCUGGAUUUAGCAGGCCGUGACCUUACUGACAACCUCAUGAAGAUUCUGACAGAGCGCGGUUACUCUUUCACUACCACUGCUGAGCGUGAAAUUGUCAGAGACAUGAAGGAAAAACUAUCCUACAUUGCUCUUGACUACGAGAAAGAGCUGGAAACUUCCAAGACCGACUCAUCCGUGGAGAAGACCUACGAACUCCCUGAUGGGCAAGUGAUCACCAUUGGUGCCGAGAGGUUCCGCUGCCCGGAGGUCCUUUUCCAGCCAUCCCUUAUUGGGAUGGAAGCUGCAGGCAUUCAUGAAACCACCUACAACUCCAUCAUGAAAUGCGACGUCGAUAUUAGGAAGGAUCUCUACGGAAACAUUGUUCUCAGUGGAGGAACCACCAUGUUUAACGGCAUCGCCGACAGGAUGAGCAAGGAGAUCAUGGCCUUGGCUCCAAGCAGCAUGAAGAUUAAAGUGGUCGCUCCUCCUGAGAGAAAGUACAGUGUUUGGAUCGGAGGCUCCAUUUUGGCGUCACUUAGCACCUUCCAACAGAUGUGGAUUGCCAAGGCAGAGUAUGAUGAGUCUGGGCCAUCAAUAGUGCACAGGAAGUGCUUCUAAUUUACCAGGCCUAGGAAUCAAGAUGAACUCAGAAACAUCACGUGAGAUGAUUCUUUAUCGCUGUAUUUCCUUUGUUGUUGUUUUUUAGGCUCUUUGCCUCUUGGUUGUUUUCCAUAUGUUUGGAAGGCAUUUUAUUGGACCACGUCUGUUAUGGACCAUGAAUCUUUUUUGUUCACACUUUAUCUUCCUAAAUGUUAAGGAAGAAAUUCCUUUUAUACGUAUUGAUCUACCUUA